AUGUUUGAUACAUCCCCAAAACUUAUUGAAAUUAAUGAUAGAAAUUCCCAAUUACUAGAAAAAUCUAAAUUAAAGUUUAGCCUUAUUGUACCAAAACAAGAUGUGAUGCAGUACUUUUUCCAGUGGCAAAGAUAUAGAAAAUAUUGGUGGAGUUCUAUUACAACAACACCCAGCUUGUUUAUGGUGAAUGACAUGAAAUAUGAAGGCUCAACAGUGAAUACACAAAUUGUAGCCAAUUUUGAAAAGGGUCAAAACAUAGUGGAACAUCUCUCUAUGAUCAAAAAUAUGGACUCCAGUGACUCUGCCAGUAUUACAUGUUGUAUGUCAAUGGAAACAGCAUUGGUGUCACUUUUACUUGAUGGCAUGUCAAAUCAAAACAAAGAUGGAUAUUUGAGACUACACUACAAAAUGGCGCCAUAUAAAAUCUCCUUUGCUUUACAUACUACGGAUAAAAAAACAUUUGAUACUCUCAAGGAGCUAGCUGCAUUACUUCACAAUAAGCUCACCUUGGCGCAAAUAAAAUCGUUGCUUCCUACGUUUUCACAUCCAAUACAGCUUCAGAUAGAAGAAAACUUAAAAAUUGGUGUGCCUUACACUGCAAUCCUCAAUGGGGAAACACUCACAAAUGGAAUUUUUCAUUUACUUAACAGCAGUACUAUGUUAAAGGAGCAAGUUCAUAUCGCAGACUUUGAGGAAUAUGCAUCUUUGUUAUUUAGCUAG